AUUUGGUUUUUACUUUGAGGGAAAGCCCAAAACCCCUGAAGACUUACGUCUUUUACUGUCAAUCCUGUGGUGACAUCAUAGUAAAAGACCGGAAAUUUCUCAGAGUUCUUCCUCUACCAAGUGAAAAUUGGAGUGCUUUAGUUGAAGAGUGGUGUUGUCACCCUAACCCCUUUGCCAGAAGCACUUUGCAUCCUCAGCGUGAUGACUGUUUUCUUGGAGACACUUUUUUUCUGUUGAAUUCAGGAAAUGAAUCACAUGUGCCUGAAUAUCCCAUGUGCUGCUCAGAGACUGGACACCAUGCUUCUCAGAGUGGCUCCAACUUGAAAUCAAAGGAAAAUACCAGAGUAAUUUGUAAGCGCUGCAAGACAAUGCUGGGAGAAAGAGUAUCACCAGAUACCAUUAAAUAUUAUGUCACCGAGGUCAUUAUUCAACCAUCUGAGGCAAGUUUCAGCCCAACACCAAGGUCUCAAUUUGUACAGAGCAUGGUUGCUCAGUGUCUUGUGGAAUUGUCCUCUGCUAAAAGCACAUUUAGAUUCUCUGUAAAAGGGGAUAAUGGAAAGAUCUAUAUUCUGAUAUGGCUUUUAAAUUCUGACACAUUGCUGGUGGAGUCUUUAGGAAGUUCCUACUUCCAAAGUGUUUCUCCACUGUUUGGAGAUAUUUUCAUGCCUAGCUCUGAACAAGUGGGGACCUGGAAUGCUGUCAAAGUCCUUUACCAGCCGUGCAUUAAAAGCAGGAAUAAAGA